AUGAACACCACCAUUGGCAUCGUCGUCGGCGUGCUAUUAGCGGUCUUCCUGCUGGCCACAAUCUGGUUUCUCUACGUCUACCGGUUCUCGAUCCGCUUCAAGCCCAAGAGGCGGCGCCACCGCAAGUCGAGCGGCUCCAAGAGCUCCCGGAGUUCAAAGAGCUCUGCCGGUGCCGGGAGUGGGGGCGGCGGUGCGGAGGCGGCACCGCCUGCGGGAUGA